AUGUCUUCCACUGCGACACCAUCGGAGAAACCUAGCCCCCAACGGCGAGGCACCAUGUACGGGGUGGAUAAUCGGAUGGGGCAGCUGUUGGAAACCGGGGAUCUGAGCGAUGUACAGUUCUCGGUCGGACGACAUGUCGGGAAAGAAAAGAUCUUCCGAGCCCAUAAGUGCGUUUUAGUCAGCAGCAGCGAUGUGUUCUACACCAUGUUUUGCGGAAGUUCUCCUGGAAUGUCCAACGAUACCAUCGACGUGCCUGAUAUAUCUCCUCAAGCUUUUGAAAGGAUGCUGAAGUACAUCUACACUGAUGAGACGGACGUGACAGUGGAAGAUGCCUUUCCGACGAUGAAGUGUGCCGAGAAGUUCGAACUGCAGUGGCUGGCCGACCACUGCUUCGACUUUGUCCUCUCUGAUCUCCACCAAACCUCCGGCAAUUGUUUACGGCAUCUGGAGAACGCGCUAAUGUGGGCAGCGGACAACGAAAGUGUGAUGGAGAACUGCUGGCACUUUGUGGACAUCUACUGUGAGGAGAUUUUGAAGUCCGAACGGUUCACUGAACUGCCGUCCACAACGCUGCGCAUGAUCCUCCAGCGGGAUACCCUCUUGGCCGAAGAGAACAUCAUAUACAUGGCAGUGGAUCGGUGGGCUACGGCAUUAUGCGCCCGAAGCAAUUUAGAGCCUACACCGCAAAACCGGCGCCAUGUUUUAGGAGACAUCUUCUUCCUUAUCAGAUUUCCAUUGAUGACUGAUACCCAACUCGCUGACGGUCCCUUGAAUGAUCUGUUCCUUCUACCAACAGAGUUGACAGAUAUCUACCUUCGCAAACAUGCCACGGCGAAACGCCCGUUACGGUUCUUCACGCAACCCCGACGGCUCCCGGUCAUUCGGGUUGGAGAUUUGGAGUUCAAGCACAAGGAGGAAGUAUUUGCUAGUGAUGGGGGAUUCAGCUGGAGUCCCGCCCUAAUGAUCGGAACGCAAGGGACUAAAGUCCGGUGUGAGUCUUUGCGAGAUGACCUAAGAGGUCGCCUCAUGUGGCGGGAACCGGCGGACAUAAUUCGCGCAUCAGAUAUCUUCGUCGCCGGUUCGGACAUUCUUUACGGCGAUCCAAUCUACUUUAGCCAAAAUGCAAAGUACAGCAGACUGGAAAAUGGCUCCCAUACGAUCUUGAUGGGCGGCAAAAAAU